CCGUAUGUGUUUCCUUGUUGUUUCAGUAUCGUGAGAAACAGGCUCCGUGUGACAUAUCGUGUUUUUCAGAUAUUUUAAACAACACUGUUAGCAUCAUGUCUUGUAAACUCAUCGUAGCGGCUGUUGUACUUCUGAGCGUCAGCUGUUUUGCCAAGCAGUCUCCCCCAAAGGUCCAAGUAUAUAGCCGUAACGUUGGAGAGUAUGGAAAGGAAAACGUGCUGAUCUGCCACACAAGUGGCUUUCAUCCUCCUGACAUCACCAUUAAACUCCUUAAAAAUGGUGUAGAGAUUCCUGGUGCCAGUCAGACAGACCUGGCCUUCGAGCAGGGUUGGGACUUCCAGCUGACAAAAUAUGUAAAAUUCACACCCCAGAGUGGAGAAACUUAUACCUGCAAAGUUGAACACUUGUCAGUCCCUAAGAUCUUCACAUGGGAGCCUGACAUGUGAAUUAACAGCAUAUAGAAGUGCCAUAAGAAGAAAAACCCUCUAUGCUGCAGAGAUUCUGCAAUAAUCCAAAUUCAAUUGUAUGCAUCUGCUUUAAUGACAUUGUGGUGUCAAUGUAAUUUCUUUCUUCAAUUUACUAAGACUUGAUGUUAAGAACAUUCACUUAUAUGCUUAAAGGUAUUGCGGAGGAUUUUUUUUUCUGGGUGGAUCAUCAAGACUAUUGGUCCAUCUAGUUGUCAAUCAGGAGUGUUGCGCAAUUGCAUUUUUUUAAAAAGUGGAGAAGGCGGUUCUUUUCUAAAAUUCAAGAAAAUCCUCCUCUACACCUUUAAGAAUCAUGAAUAAUGUCUAUACAAACAUAUAUUUUUAAACUCUUGGGGCGGUUUCACAGACAUGGCAUAGACCUAAUACCAGACUAAAAUGCAUGUUUAUGCUGCAUUAAUUUCAGAACACCUUGUUGUUUAUCUCAAGAUGCACACAGUACUGUUUUUUCUAAGGUUUGUUUGUAAAAACCACUUAAAAGUCCAAAUAUAACUAAGGCCUAGUCCUGUAUUAAACUAAACUCUGUCAGGGAAACCACCCCUUGUAGUUUUAUGACUAUAGACACAUUUAUUUUUGAUUGGUUGAUUAUGCUUAGUAAACUAAUCUAGUACUUACAUUGUUUAUUAACAAUAAUAGCUCUUAUUUUCUAUUUAAGACUCAAUGAAUUUGAAAUAUGAGUCAUUAAUAAAUAAUUACUUUAUAAUGUAUUGUACAAGCUAUCAAUAAAAAUAACUUGUUUUUUCCUUAA